AUGUCGGCGGAUUUGGCAGGCCUCGCUUUACUGCAGCCUUCGAAUGGGUGCUCGAACUCUACUCAAGCCCCCCAGCCAACUACCCCAGCGAUGCAGGAUUCUGAGAUGACUUCCAUACUAACGACCAAUGAGGGCCACAGUGCUAAGAGCCCAUCGUUGUCUCCAUUUUCUCCCGGGAAAAUGUCAGCAUUUCCGACAGGCCGAGAGUGUUCGGAGCGCAUGGAUGAACUAUCAACGGACAAUAGUGACGGCCAAGCCCAGCAAACUCCCAACUAUAACAAUCCCCCAGGCACCCCAAUGUACUCCUCUUCUUAUAGUGGCCAACAGUUCACACCUAUGAACCCUGCAACUGGUGCAUUCACCCCUAAUCAACCCGACACCUGGACGAGAGCCGAUCCAUACAUUCCUGGAGGGAAUAGCGUGCGCUUAAGCACUGUGGUCCCUGGCCCUGUCUUCCCCAGUGAGGCUCAAUUGAAUGUUGCUUACGCCUAUGCCAUCCAACGUGCUGAUGGACAAUACACUCGUCUUAUGGCGGCUGAUGAAAUUGAGGCCAUCGACGGAGUUCCACCCACACAGGGUCUGGAAGGUCUGAUUGUGCUUCCUGCUCCUCGCGCACCGUCGCCUCGCCGACGACAAGGCAACGAUCCGAUUGUUCCUGCUGAGAUCGUCAACCAGUUGACAACUGAGCAAGCCUGCCGUGUCAUAAAUAGUCCGGUUUCCACCCAGAUGCAGAUUGAUUCUAUCAUCGCCCAGUCUGCAUAUACCGCCCAGCAUAAUAUGUCCCGACGACAGAAGAUCUAUUGUGAUAAAUGGAUCCAUGAAGGCGUCUGUGCUUUCACGCAGCUGGGAUGCAAAUAUAAGCAUGAAAUGCCUCACGACAAGGCCACACAGUUAUCGUUAGGCUUGAACCAUGGCCUCCCGAAUUGGUACCGUCGCGCUUACGGCCCGCCAGCCCUCCAACUAACACCGCAGGUUCCGGGGGCUGUAGUUAGUAACCCGUCUUCUAUCUUAGAACCCCAGCCCGCACAUGUGCGUCGCCUGGAAGGUCCUAGCGGUAUAAGCGGCCCAUCCAGAAUUUCUGGCUUCCAAGCUAAUCUUGAUGGCGCUGUGCUUUCUGCCUAUGGCCCAAUCUCGCCUCCCCUUAGCCACCAUGCUCAUCCAGCUCAUUCAGCUCAUCCUAGUCACGCCGUUUACGUCGAUCGCUCCAGAUACUCCGGUCGCUCUAGCCACUCCAGUCGUUCCAGCAACUUGACUUCGAACCCUUAUUCUGUCUACAAGCAAGGCAACAACAGCAAUAUGAAGGGAUGGUUCUGA